UGAUCUGUGGGCCAGAUGCCAAGUCUCGGUCGUACUCAUGAUUCUAGUGCGGUAGGAAUCUUGCGCCUCCCUACCAAACAAUCGCCCGUCUUUUAGGAUCUAAGAUUAUCACCACUGUGUGAUGGGCAGCGGUGCCUUACAUGUGAGUUUACCCUUAGUGAGGGAGACGUGGAGAGCGUCAACCAUCUCUUAUGGCAACACAUGACCAGGAAGGUUUGUGAUUGGCCUGAAUGAAAUAGCUAACCUGGUGUCAAACCCGCUUCCUAGUUGUUUGCACACUUACUAGGACCACAGCAGUUAGCUCAUUGGCCAACUGGAAAGUUCAUUUCCCUCCAGAGGCAGGAUUUUGUAGUAGUCGCCGUUAUUAUUAGCUUGGUACACGUAGCGGGGGCCAGAUUGUGUGGUACGCGUAAGCAGGCAGAUGUUCCUUGUUAGGCACUACGCCCGCGUCCGCCUCCGGUCGUCUUACGAUCGGAACCAGGUGGAUGAGUGAGGAGGAAGCGCGCUAGAGGCUUCGCAAGUCGGCUUUAUUAUAAACUAAUUAAUGCGUGAGUCAUCGGUGCUGCCCCCCAAUCCAUGGGGCACACCGUGGAAGUCAUAGCUUGAGGUGGUCGAACUGUCAGUCACACAGUCCACAUCGAGCGGGCCUUAUCAGCUCAUACCUCACGUAGGUGGUAGUUGUCAUCAAGCCACAACCAGAGGACGCCAUUGCAGCCCAUGGAGCAGGGUGCUCCUCAAGGUGACACCUCCCAAGUCACGACUUUAAGGCUUGAGUAAUAGUUAGAGAGUGCGUGGAUGUGGUCUCAUUCUAUCUCUUCUGUCCCACCGUGUGUUGUUCUCCUGCCUGAGCCAGCAUGGGCAAAGGUUGGCACGGUAAUUAGCGUGCUACAAAACCGCUGUCUCACGCGUAUCGCACAUCCGAUUGGCCUAAAUCAAGGCCUUAAAACACCGGUCUUCCGUUUAGGGGUCCGAACUACUACAAUUACCACCGUUGCUUAUUUCUAAGGAUUUUCUAUCAUGCCUUCUGUUGUCGCGUAGAAAUCCAUAGUUAUUAUGGCCCCCGUAUCAUCAAGACUUAAAAAUAUACAUAUAUUUGCAUCCACCGUUAUGAGAUGGUUAUCACUGGUCCCAGGACUGAAUAAGUCGCAGACAUGUACAAACUCUCCCGAAGUAGUAGCCGGGGAGUUUACUUAAGGGGAGAACAGUUUAGGCCUUGGCGUGACCUACAUGUGGUCUCAGUCCUUAACUGUGAAUUCUCUCGAGGAAGCCUCCUUUAAGGUAUAAACCAUGGCUGACUUAGAUUGAGGGAUGCCACCGUCGGUAUAUCCCCCAUCUACAUUCUCUAAAAUUAUGGGCGAGAAUGGUGAUUACCUCUCAUCGGAGUUCAGUGACAGCGACCGACAGGGGUAGUGGGACACUUGAUACGUUUCCUUACGCUCUUGUUCGUUAAGGCAGGUGCAUUCUAUGGAUGAAGUUGAUCAUCGUUACACAGGCUAAAAUACUUGCUAUUUCUUUUCGGAUUUUGUCCUAUAUUCGGUUAUUUGCCCGAAGCGCUGGAUCUAUCGCCCACCAAUGUAUGAAUCGGGCUUCGCUGAAAGCUUAUACAGUUAUUUUGACUUCCUCACAUGCAUGCCAGCCAAGUCAAUUUCUGACGGUGGACAAGAAAAAGAGAACGGAAAUCAAAUUCUUCCGUAGCUGCGUUAUUGUAAAUUCUGUCCCGUAAUUAUAAAGCUGCCUGUUUGGCGUAAUUUACAGCCAUACUUUGUAAGGGAGUUCGGUUUUUUGCAUCAGAUCGUAAGGAGUGACACCAUUUCGUGUGAACACUUUUUCGUGACAACGCGGAUUAUUAUAAAAUCAAAUAGCAAGAAUGAUAAAAAUUAGACAAAUUUUACCUAUAACUUCACUCACACCUUAUUGUCAGUGGUCGGACAUAAAAGGAUAUGUGAUUUCCAUACGCUUUCAGAAUUUCAACACCUUACUUCACAUUAUUACUCUUCUCGAAUUCAGAUUCGUUUAAAACAUCCCAUGCGUGCUAUAUGAUUUACCUUAAUGACAACACGGGUACUAGCUUACUGGCAUUAUUAAGUUGCUCCUUCAGUUGUUAAGUUUCAUUCUUUCAGUAUUUACAGCCGAAUACCAAUGAGCAUAGUUUCUCAAUUGAGUUAAGAUGACGGUGUCAGCGGCGGUCAGGUCAUCGCAUCACUCUAGUUGCCCAUUAGUCAAUGUUUUAUAAUAUGGACCGUAGGCGCAUAUGCCCUGCUGUGCGGACUCAUAGAUGACAGCAGUUGGGUGGAGAGUGUCUGAAUUUAUGACUGAACACCUUGAUUUCGGUGGAAAAAACGUAAAUGUCGACUUGCACGAAACAAAUCUCCACAGACCAUAACACUGCCAUAUCACCUAUGUCGCCUAGUGGAGGUAUUCGGUCCUCUGGACAAAUAAGACCAGUGCUAGUUCCGACCGUCCAAACCAUCCAAAUAGAAUUUAUUUUAAUCGGUAAAGACUACCUGUUCACUGAACUGUCCAGACGGUGUGAUCCUCAGCCUAGUAUGCAAAUUGCUCCUUAUGGUUCAUUUUCCAUGACGGAGGCCGUCAAAUCUCCCGAUAAACGAAUAAUGACGAAUCCUUUAUGACCAGGUGAAUUUUAGCCUUCGCAAAAUACAAAGUCAAAUCCCGAUCGCUUAUACGUACGCAACUUAUUUGCUUAGUGCUGCUCUUCUCGAAUGAGGUGUAUAGCCUCUCCUUCCGUUCUAUUUCUCCAUGGAGAAGCUCUCGCGGGCUAUGAUGUGGUCUCUGUAGGCAUAAUAUGAAUCCCCUACCUCUGCUAUCCAUAGCACAGAAUUUUGAAAUCUCGCUUCCCCAAAAAUCCGUUAGUUUCAUUUCCCUAGGCAUACGUGGUGAUCGAAAAAGAACCGCAAUUCGCAAAUGUUCGGGACAAAUCAAUUUGUUAGUGCUGCUCCCUGGGGUCUCGUCACUCGAUUAGGCAUUGAUGGCAGCCAUUCCAACCUGGAAACAAAUAAGCAUUUAACUUAUCUCACACGUUAAUGAAGAGGCGAGGAAGAACUGCCACGUUACAUGACUUUCUAGUUGUGGAAAAGUCCUUUGUUCACCCCCUUUGCUUGUUGGCAUUAAGAUAAAACAUCCUGUGAUAAAAUCUUAUCUGAACUAUAAGUUCAUACUUCACUUUUCACGCAGGACUUUGUGCGUAAAACGACCGCAGGUUUGAUUUUGCGUUCGGAUGAGCAACUCUCUUGAGCCAUAACCACUUUACGACAUAGCCUUUAGAGAGCAUAUGUCUCAGUAAAAGGAAAGGUGCAAGACCAGCUUUGCUACCUGGUUUUUGUUGUGCACAGCAGAUGCCUAUCCCGGGUUGGAAUUAAAGUCUGUCCUAACAAGUUGAGUCAGGAUCCAGUUCUCGAAGCGCUAAUCUGGCACCAGAUACAGGCCACGUUCAAUUGCAAAGUAUGCUCAAACAUGCCUUUUUUGCAUAGGAGUACUCAGGGGGGCUUGCUGCCGAUUUCCUGCGUCGUAGUCAUGGACAAAGUCGGUAUAAUCGGGUUACUUGAAUGAUCAGCCUGGUAGCAGACAACUUCCUCUUCUACUGUCCGUGUAUCAAAAAAGAAUUGAUAUGUGCAGGGACAACCAGCCGGCUAGCAAGCUAUCAUAACUUUCAUUUAUCUUUUAGGUUCUGUGUCACAAACUCCCGUGAAAGCCAACAGGCAUGGAUCAACGGGGGUAAACAAAGGUGAUCAUUCCAAGAGCCGGAAACGCGCGUCAGGGACGGACGAUGAAGUGCAGUCAUCAGUCAACUCAAGGUCACUCUCGGACUCCGAGAAGCAGGGGACGGACGGCAACGCGUCGGGGUCCAUUGGCUCAAUUAAUCAGGGCAGUGAUGACAGUGAUGCAGCUAGUGGUGUGGACGGGAACAACGCGGCAGAUGACCUCGGAAUGGAUAUUGUCGGGUCCUCGGGUGAUCCCAAGCGCACAAGAACUGCGUACACUCGACAACAGAUCCUCGAGUUGGAGAAGGAAUUUCACUAUAACAAAUACCUCACUCGUAAGAGACGGUUAGAAAUCGCGCACACGCUCAAUCUCUCGGAAAGACAAAUAAAAAUAUGGUUUCAGAACCGCAGAAUGAAAUGGAAGAAGGAGCACUGUCUUCCGGGAAAUAAGCAAAGGUUAUCGGAAACGCCACUCCUAACCCUACCGACGCCAAACUUUCAUAUGCGCAAUCCUGACACACUAACUUCUAUGCAAUUUGGCCCUCUCCAUCCAUUUGAUAUGGCUACUAAUGGCGUUGACCUAGUGCGUUCCAAUCGCUUCCUGCCACUGGGCUUACCGAAAUACAUCCCUACAAAGUCGCCACCGGAUCCCGGCGUACCUAAGAGACUCUGCCACCUGUCCGACAGUCCCGCACUGACGGAACUAUGCGCAACCCCUUGUGAUCCCUUACUUAAUCCGGAGUUUGGUUGGGACGGUUCUGCACUGAAGGAUAAUCAGUUCAAGCAGUCCCACCUGGCGACGGGGGAUUAUGAUCGUUGUUAUCCACCCACUGCACAGACACAACAGCACAGUGGGCCUCGAUUUUUGUCAGCACCUCCACAACACCACCAAAGCCCCACAGUCCAGUCAACAUUUCCACAGUCUUCACCCAACGCUUUCCCUCCCGCAAACUUCUAUUCGGGCCUUCUGACAAACUGGCCCGUUAAUUCCAUUAAUUCUGUUCCCCCCACUCCCCUCACGCCGCCCUCAAAGCCUACUGCUCACAUCCGGUCGGUUAGUGGUGAGUUAUCUUCGACGACCAGCUAUGACACAGCUCUCUACACGCAUCUUAGUCGACCGUCGCCUCCCCUACCGCAGCACCAACAAUCCUUCUUCACUCAAAAACCAAAUUUGAGGUCUCCCCUACAGCUCCCCCAGAUGCAGCAGCGCUUUACCUCCGAGGAGGAACUCGACAUUCCGCGCAUGGAUCUCAGCUUAUCCGAGCUGGGUUUGAAAAAGCAAUGCCAUGUGGACAAGUAA